UAUUUCGAAGGAGUAUUCAAGACACCUGUCAAGAAGGACCUGGAGUGUAGCCCGUACGUUGGUCGCCCUGCUUCGAUAUAACUCAAAGCAUGGAAUAAAUAAGUAUUUUUUGCAUCGAUACAGCCCGGACGAAUCAAGCCUGAUUGCGCGUUUAAAAACCAAACCAUUGCGCAUUUAAAUCUUCCAUCUCUCCAGCACCAGUUGUGUUGUUUAGAACUUUGAUAUACCGCCUGUGACUGUUUAUAUUGUGUGUUUUUUUCCCCCAUAGACGGUUUAGUUUUUCCAUUCGGACGCAGCCGGACAAAUGCUUUUCCAUCAAUUUGUUAACGGAGGUCUGGAGACAAUGCAUCCCACUAUUCAGAAUGACACUACUUUCACUAAGAUUUUUGUCGGUGGUUUACCUUAUCAUACCAACAAUGCAUCCCUUCGAAAAUACUUCGAGACGUUCGGGGAUAUUGACGAGGCCGUUGUGAUAACGGACAGACAAACCGGGAAAUCCCGAGGAUACGGCUUUGUGACUAUGAUGGACAGAGGGGCAGCAGAGCGGGCAUGUAAAGACCCCAACCCCAUCAUCGACGGUAGGAAGGCUAACAUCAACCUGGCCUACCUGGGAGCCAAGCCACGCAGCCCACAGACAGGUUUCUCCAUCGGUGUGCAGCAGGUCCAUCCCGCCCUGAUCCAGAGGCAGUAUGGAUUGGCCCAGCAGUAUGUGUACCCCCAGGCCUUCCUCCAGCCCAGCCUGUUGCUCCAGUCCCACCUCAGCCCCUCUCAGGCCUUGCUCUCCUCCCCGUAUCUGGACUAUAGCUCAGCCUAUGCCCCCUACACCUCCACCCCCUCCACUGGCCUGGAGCACUACCCCUACGCCCCCUCGCCCUCCGCUAGCUACCUCCGCUACAGCUACUCCCCCGCCACACCAGGCCCUACCAUGUCUGCCCCCCACCCCUCCCACACCCAUCCACCUCUCCCUCAACCCCCUCGCUGGCCUCUCUGCCCCCCCCGCAGCCUACCUCCAAUAUCCCCUCCACCACCCCGACCGUAUGCAGUGAGGGGGGCCUGGGCUAUGGAGGUGAGUGAGGGAAAUCGGAGGGGGACACAUGACAACAACGUAUGCAGACUUGGAACAAAGAGGAUUAUUGCACUAUGACCUGUGACAUCAUCAGGACGAGACUCCCGACAACCAAGGAGAGAGUGGGGUCAGAAUCCAAAGGGCUUUGUGAAAACAAAGAAAAACAAAACACACUGAGAUUUCUUCCUGUUUUUCUAUUAGGGUUAUUAUCCAUUAUUUUUAUCGUAGUUGUUACUAUACUACUAUUGCUGUUGUCGCCAAUGUUUAUAUGAAUGUUUGACGAGCACUCCUUGUGUCCGAUGCCAAACGUGAUGGAGUCAAUGGAACAUGAGAACACAAGAAGAGGAGAAUUAAUCAUUCGAGAACCUACCACCUUCCACUCCUUACCCGCAGAGACCACCCACCCUUGUACACAAAUAGCUAAGGCUUUUCUGAGCAGCCCUUUAAUGCAGUGGAUGGGGUUUGAAGGUUGGGCGAAGAUGGGUUGGAUAGCCAUUAUAUUUCACCAGAUUCUCUGCCUCACUCUUCCAGAAGUACUGCUGAACAUUUCAUUAGCGAGGUGAGACAGACGCAGGAUGAUAGAAUUAGAAUACUAGAAUGGACAUGAACCUUCUUAUGAUGGUCCAAAGGUCAGCCAUGUUGGUCAGGGAGAUGGUCAACCAUGGUUUGCCAGUGCUGUGAUAAGGUAUUGUGUAAAGCAAUGAAUGUGAAGAAUUUAUCAGCACUGUGUUAGCUAGCUAGCCAGCCAGGUUUAGAGAAAUGAUUCUAUAAAUUUGUCAAAUUAGCUGCAAAUAUGCCAACAUUCCAUUCAAAAAAUUCUGUGAAUUCACAGCCAUACACUGGCACAUAUCAGUUAAUGGGACUUAGACACAUUGUAAAUGCAACAAGUACUGAUAUUGAAUCACAUAAUAGCUUUCUGUUUACAUAUAUUUCAGAGGCUAUUUUAUCGCCCCUUCUAGUAAUUUAGUAGGAUUUACAGUACCUCCAGAAAGUACUCAUACCCCUGCUCUUAUUCCACAUUUUGUUGUGUUACAGCCUGAAUUAAAAAAUGAUUCAAUAUUUUUUCUUUCUCACCCAUCUACACACAA